AUGGCUGCACCAACGCCAGCGGGCAGCAUCUCGCUGCGAGGUGCACCGGAUGUAGAGGAUGCAAAGGCCGGGCACAGUUGUGCACUUCUCCUGAAAUUGGACCAGGAAGUUGUUCAAGAUUUGAGAAAGGCUUCUCGAGAGAAGGAAGGGCUUCGAUUCACAGCAGGGAGCACACCUAAACUCCGUAUCGGCAACAGAAGCAUUGAUCUGACCUUGUCCACUGAGGACUUUCGAAACGAACUAUAUGCUUCCACUGCAGCACAGUCCCGCGACUUCGAGUUCCUAUGCACGGUCAGCCAUCGAGCGGAAAUACAGAAACCCAAUCGAACCUUCGGAGGAACCGAUGCAGCUCUCGCCGAGUCGCAGUUGCUAAACAAGAUGGCUCUUGAAAAACAGCAGAAGCAGGCAAACCAGACCACCAUAACGAAAGCGUUUAUUGACCCGUCGAAGAACCGGGCUGAGGCUGCCAGGAAAGAGAAGUUCGGAAGAAAGAAUACUCCGUUGAGCUCACAGGGCGUCAGCCCUUCUUUGGGUACUAUUGGAACACCUCAAGCUGGUCAAGCACCGACUUCUGCACCAGCAAGUGAAGCUGAAGUGAGGUUGAAGGCAAUGAGAACACCCAUUGUUCACCUUCUUGCUAUUCAGCCCACGACAAUAGAAAGCAUCUUGAAUAAGACACACGUACCACAGACGGAUCUUGAAGAGAUAUUGCAUAAGUCUGGAAAGAAGGUAGAAGGAAAGUGGCAAUUGACAGACAGGGGAUAUAAAGAGUUGGACGUCUGGGACUUCAAUUACCCGUCGCAGCAGGACAGACAGUCAGCAGUCGACAACGCUGUGAGAGCAUAUGAUCGCAUGAGACUGGGAAAGGAAGACAAACUUUGGCAGAUGUUGUUGCCGGAAAAGGAGAGGGGAAAAGGGAGGGUCUUGUCACGACUUCACUUGGGCGGCGGUCCGGUGAACAGAGGACUCACUCCAAGCUACCAACCGAGUCCAGCACCACAUGUGGAUGCCGUGAACGACAGCAGAGUCACAAGUGCUGCAAACACUCCUCGUCUCGGAGCAACCACACCACGGCCAAGCAGUUCGAAGGGUGACGUGAUGAAGCGACUGCUUUCGAAGGAUCCAAAGCGAGCACAAGCGGCGGAGCAGGCGAAAGAGAAGAAGAGGAAGGAGCGGGAAGCGGCUGCAAGCGAUCGAGAAGGAAGGCCGGCGAAAAAGCAAGCAACGCAGGAGGCGGCCACGAAUGUGAAGUCUGCAGAGUUUGUCCGCAGCUCAGACGACGACAGUGGUGAAGAGGGCGAAAUCACAAGCCAGCCGAGAAUCACCAAAGACAGACCAACCACCAAGCGAGCAAAGCCACCUACUGCAACAAAAGACUCUUCACCUGACAGCAGCGACGUUGCAACGAAACCGAAGGUGGCAAAGAAGCCGACCACACACGGCAAUACCACCGCAGCGACGACCAAGAAAGUCGACUCACCAUCCGUGAAAGCUACGAAACCCGCUGCAGCUGGUAGAGCAACACCGCAGACCAACGGGAAUCUUUCUGCACCCAACACCCAGCACAAAAGCCAGCGCAGCCCACAGAAGCAGGACAGCAGACCGAACGUGCCCUCGCCAUUGGGUGCAGCUCGACCUCGCGUGGCCUCUGACGUCUCCGACAGAGGUGCAGUGGGCGUGCAGAAGGUGAAGCAGAGUGGUGCAGAUACUCCCAAGGGUCUUGGUAUAUCGAACGGGAACGGCAAGCAUCCUACGAAGACGACGAAACCUUCACAAAGCAGUCCGGAGAAGGCUGAGCCCGACAAGCCGAAGGCCAAGGAGCAGAAGAGCACCAUGAACGGCGCAGCAGUUAAGCCGGAUGUCACGAACGGCAUCGUCAAACAGCAUGAGGGCAGUGCCAAACGCAAAGCCGAAGACUCGCCCUCGCAAGGCCAACCCGGAGCUCCGGCAGCGAAACACCAGAAGAAAGACUCGGGCUCUUCCCAAUCCCAGAAGUCCAACGCAGACGGCAGUCCCGACAACAACGAAACCCCGCGUCCGUCUCCUGACGCCAUAUUCGAAGGAGACAAAGGCGACGUCGCCGAGAACCUCACGUACGCCCAUGGCGUGCAGCUUGCCGAGCGGUUCCUGUACGAGUUCUAUCCAAAGUACAGCAAGCUCUACGACAAGCUGUCCGCGGCAGAGGCCCAGGGCGAGACGGUCAGCAAAGAGGAUCGUGACCUGCUGCUGGCGAUGGAUGCGAGGCUCCGGCAGAUGAAGCGGGAGAUUGAGAUUGCGUCCACGAAGGAGGAGAAGAAGGAGGAGGAGUAG